AUUCACAAAUUUGGAUAUGUCCUUAGUCUAGCACCGCACGCUCAUACUUCCAGAAAAGAACAUACAGAAGAAACCUUGGAGAUUGGUGAUGAGAUUUCGGGGGUAAGGUAUGGGCACAAGUAAGGUAGUCAGUGGUCAAAGACAAUUUAAAAAGCAGGGCGUGACGGGUGCCUGCUGUCUGUGUUGGUUGGUUUUUGGUGGUAGAGAGGUGUUUAGUUGGCGAGCGACGCAGAGAAAGAAGAGAACGGACUGUAGAAUAGCGGCCCUCUCUCAUCUCUCUCUCUCUGCUCUGCUCUGCCUGCCCCUUCAAUCUGCUCCUGGCUCACCCCUCAAGAGCUUGAAACUUGAACAUAAAGCUAGCCACCCAAAGACAGAGAGAAAGAGAAGGGAAAAACUUUGAACAGACACAACCUCCUUCGGUCCUUCCUCCCUCACUCUUUGGCCUUUGCCCAGUUGCCGCACUCAUCCUCAUCAUCACCACCACCGUCAAUUAACCACUUUUCCCCUGCGAGUCCCUCUCUCCCUUUUCUCCUUCUUCUACCUCUUCUCUACUACUGCUCCUUCCUAUCUCGCUGUCGCUACCGGAAAGGAAAAAGCGAAAACCAUUCUUGUCCCAUGAUGACACCCAAAGUACAUCUCUCAUCUUCUCAUUCUUAAAAUAAAUCUGCACUCUCUCUCUUCUGAGCUUUGCUUUUCCAGCAGCCGUACUAAUUGACCCCGCCGCGACCCAGGCUAGCGCUUCCUUUCUUUACUUCAACGCUUCCCCUCUCUCUCUCUCUCUCCUGUAUAUAUAUCAGAAGGAAGUUGCAGCUUUGGUUUUGGUUUUGGUUGGUGUGGGUUUUUUUAGGUCAGAUCUCUGAACAAGUACUACUGGGUUGGUGGUUUUUUUUGUUAGGAACAAGUACUCUUUCCCUGCCCCUCCUUUGGAUCUGACUGCAUAAAGAGGAAAAGAACAAAACAACAACAGUACAGAUCCAUUGAUGGGCUCUAGCUAGCUUACUAGGGUUUCUUAGUUAGGGCAUUGUUGUACAGGAUCAUAUCUGCAAAGUAUAAGAAGAUCGAUCAGGAGGAUCGGAGAAGCUAAUUAAGCUCAAGGAGGUCAGUGGGCUCGUAGUAAGUUCACUCCUCUGUUUGGUCAUUUUAGCUGCAGGCGGUAAAUUCUUUUCUGGGAGAUAAGGUUUUCAUUGGAUUGGUCCAUGUGCAUAUCUAUCUAUCUAUCUAUCUACCUAUCUGCAUCCUCGUUUGUAUCCAUCUCCAAUUCCAAAUGUGCUUUCAAUUCAAACUUCGCCACUCCCCUCCUCCCAGCUAAUUUACAAACCCUCCAAAUACCAAACCCCUUUCCUGUCUUUUGCAACCUAGCUUAACUUCAUUAUCAUAACCCAGCCACAGACCUCUACCUGGAAAAAGAAACCCACCCAGCUAGCUUAUAUAUAUAGCUAUAGAUUUCAGUAUUUAGUACUCUACAUCUAUCCAGUAUUCGAAAAGGAAGAAAACCGAUUAGUCAAGGUACAUGGCUGAUCAUCACAACCGUUGGUGGGCUGGGAAUGUGGUGGCAGCAGCUCCACAAGAAUCCGCUAUGGGACUCAUGGACCGCCUCGGAUCCGCCGCUCCAACCCGCCGACCCGACCCGCAGCAACAACUCCAACUCCACGGGCUAGUAGAAGAACCCGAUGUCAGCAGCAGCAGGGAAAACCCAGAUUCCGGAGGCGGGAACGGCGGAGGAGGCGAAGGAAGCGGAGGCGGAAGCGGCGGCGGCGGAGGAGGACGAGCAGGGGGAGGGACGACGUCGAUUCGGAGACCGAGAGGGCGGCCGGCGGGGUCGAAGAACAAGCCGAAGCCUCCUGUGGUGAUAACCAAGGAAAGCCCCAACUCCCUCCGCAGCCACAUCCUCGAAGUCGGCUCCGGCAGCGACAUCGCCGAGAGCGUGGCCGGGUUCGCGCAGCGGCGGCACCGCGGGGUGUCGAUCCUGAGCGGGAACGGCGUCGUAACGAAUGUCACUCUGGGCCAGCCGGCGGCUGCCGGCGGGGUCAUCGCCCUCCACGGGAGCUUCGAGAUCUUGUCGCUGUCGGGCUCGUUCCUGCCUGCGCCGUCGCCGCCUGGGGCGGCGGGGCUGACCGUUUACCUUGCGGGCGGGCAGGGGCAGGUCGUGGGAGGGAGGGUCGUGGGCCCGCUGGUUGCUGCCGGCCCAGUUAUGGUCAUUGCGGCGACGUUUAGUAACGCGACCUACGAGCGGCUGCCGCUGGAUGAUCAGGAGGUGGGCCAUGGGCCUGGCCCAUCAGGCCCGGAUGGGCUGCAAGCGCAUCAUCAGCAACAGGGGGAUCAGAAUGUAAACAACAAUAAUAACGGGAGUGGAGGGGAAGGGAAUGAGAAUUCAGGGGGUGGGUCUGGUUCGCCGGAAGGGAUGAGUAGUGCUACUGAUCAUCAUCACCAUCAACAGCAGCAGCAACAUGGGUCGAUUGGGUUCCCGCCUCCGCCAAUUUACAAUUUGCCACCCAAUUUGCUACAGAAUGGCCAAAUGCCGCAUGAAGUCUUCUGGGGUGCUCCGCGGCAGCCGCCGCCUGCCAACUUCUGAUAAUCGUCAUCAGCUAAGCUCCAUCGAUCUCCCUUCUUUAAUGGUUAACUUGGUAGUUUUGGGGGUAUAUUCUGUGGGCAGGUUUGCGGGGUCGUUUUUUUUUUCUCUGUAAAAGUUAGCUUGACUGAGAAGGAAGGAAAAACAAGUGGGAUAAGUAGGACUUGGAUCAUGUUUUGUAUUUUGCUCCCUGAAUUUUCCCUGUUGUUCAAAGUUAGUCGGCUAAUAAUUAACAUACAACUCCCUUAAUCGGUCCAAAUCAACAUCUUCCCUUUGAGUCAUUUCGUUCUUUCGUAUUGCUUGGUAAUCGGCAUGUGUCGAAUUUUGCUGCAUGCUGAUAAGGGUUCGCGUCAGCUCGAGCUCAUGAGAUUGCAAGCUAUGUGACGGUUCCAAUAAUAGUAUCAGUCCGCUCUGACGUUUAUCCAAUGGUUAUGCUAGCAAAAAAUGCCGUAUUGAAAUUCUGGUUUCAGUGCUUAGUUAAAAGAAUGUGUUACUGAUAGGGCUGCAAAUGAACCGAGUCGAGUUUUACCCUACCUUGAGCUCGGUUUGUUAGUAAACGGCUCGAGCUCAGCUCAUUUAUUAACGAGCCGAGUCGAGCUCGAGCUAGCUUGUUUACUAAAAUCUUGCGUUUUAUUUGGUACUUCAUUUUGUAUAUCAUGAUACAUAUGAUUUAUUUUGUUAACUAAUCUCAUAUUAUACUUUGUUGGUAUUAUAUAUCAUUUAGUUAAUAAUUUUAACUACUCCAAAUCAUGUUAUUUCAUAGUACGAAGCAAUCUAUGAUACAUAAUUUCUUAUUAAAGUAGAAAAUAAGAUAUAUUUGUUCGCAUACUCAACGUGUUAAACUUUAUAUAUGAUGAGAUAUAUAAUUUAACAACCAUAUGAAUUAAAAUCAUAAGAUAUAGAUUGAUUUGUCCAUAAUUCGAUAAUCGAGUUGGCUCUCUAGCCACAUGUUGAGACAUAUCAUGAGCUCUAAACGAGCCAGCUCACGAGUUUAGCUCAACAAGCCACCGAGUUGAGCUAGCUUGCGAGCUUCACGAGCUGAACAAAGUUUAGAUCAUGUUCAGCUCGUUUAUUAACGAGCCGAGUUUCGAGCGAGCUUUUCUCGAGUCGAACGCCGAGCCGCUCGCGAGCAACUCAGCUCAUUUUCAGUCCUAAAUGUGUAUAUAGAUGACAUGUUUGACAUUGAUUGAAGAAGAAAGAAUGAUGCAAACAAUGUCAGUAUCAGUAUUAUCAUGAGCUGACAAUGAGGCUCAAAUUGGGUUAGAUUCAUCUGCACCUUGAUCAAUUGGGAUUUUGCUUUGCCUGGAAAUGGGUGUUUUUCUUUGUUUUGUCAUGGGAUGGGUUGGGGCUCCCACUAAGCCAACUUGCAUGCCGGAAUAUUUCUCACGAUGUCUAGCUUGGAUUGGCCAAAGUUUUGAUUCGUCACACGAACGAAGUGGGGACAGAAAGGGCCAAUUCAACAUUUCCCCCUUCUUUAUUCCAAUCUAGAGUUGCUUCUCUUGAGUUUGGGUACGUUGAUUCGCCUCGCUGUUCUUUUGCUUCAUUGUUCUCGAUGCAGAUGUGAUUUAAGGUGUGUUCACAGUAACGUUCACAUCUGAUAUUUCCUUUUUAACUGCUAGCAAAUUGUUGUCUUUCAAACUGAACGGCUAAUAACUGGCUGGCUAGCUAAGCUUCGAACGGGCAGUCUGAGGUCUGAAAUGAAACGCAACGAAGGAACAAGAGAGAUCAUCAGCCCAGCCCAGCCCAGCCCUUCCUCCUGUUUGGUCAAAGGCGGUUUUGAUGAAACCGAUCAAGGUUUUGCCAUCCUGACAGCUCAAUCUUCUUCAACUCUUAUCUUCAAUUUGCUUCUGCCACGUUUUUUUUUUUGGGUUGAUGGUCAAAAUGGGGGUUGAUGAAAUCGUCAGUUAGUUGGCUGAGUUUUCAAUUGAAAGGAUAGAAAUUUUGUGGAAGCAUACUAUGGAACACUUGUAGUAGUUGACGCCAUGGCACUUCUAUCUUAGCCAAAGUGAAGAGCUAGCUAGCGAUCAGAUAUGUGAGCUCAUUGGGGAUUCUUACGUAUGAUGGAAGUUAGUGGGGGAGAUAAGUACGGUCGUAUUUUGUUAUUUGACUUUCAACUGAUUGAGUGAUUGUUCUGUGUGUGAAUCUUCUAAUAUAUAUAAUUACCUUGUACAAAUUGCUCAACCAGAAAAUAUAAGCGUACUGGAGUUGAUUUUUGGGUCUAAUUAGGUCAUGAUAAGUAAAAGUAAAUAAAAGUUGAUGAGGUUAAAUCACUAAUCAUGAAUAUUAUUAUCGAGUAGACUUUUACUGUAAAGUUACACCUUCGUGUAUAAGAUUAUUUGGAUGAACUACUUGUGACAAAUCUACUUUGAGAUCCCAGUUACAUAGAGAAGAUGUGAAAUCCUGAAGGACCUAGUAAAAAUGUGAAGGGACAUGUUAAUCUAAUCGGAGAGUAAACAUUAUAAAAAAAAUUCUUAUAAAAACUACAAAUGCACAACCAUUAUAAACAUGAUUAUAAAAAACAAAGUGUAAUGUCUAUUUUUUUAUCCAAACCUUUUCAGAUUAUUUUAUAUUAUCCAAACCUAUUGAAAUACUAAGAAUUAGCCAAAUGUUAACUUCCAGUUAGAAAUUUUGUUGGUGAUAUUGACUUAGCAACAUGAUACUGACUUGGAAGAGACUCAUGAAGGUCAACAUUCCAAUAUUUUAGUAAUUUAACUAAAAAAAGAGUUACAAAAUUAUUAACAAGAACGUAAAAAUAACUAAUAUUUUGAUUCAUUAUGAAAGAUUUAGAUAACUAAUAGAAUUUUAAUAGAUUUGAAUAAUAUAAAAGAAUCUAAUUUUUUUUUGAAUAAAAUAUAGACAUUAAC